AUGCUUCGUUUUAUUAUUGAUUUUCAAAGAAAAAGACUCGAAAGAAUUUCAACAGCUGUCACAGAUCAUGAACCCAAAAGGAAUCAUCUGUUUCUCCACAAAGUCAAGACCAUCUCGAAACAGUUAUUAUCCAAGGUCUCUAAUUCUUCAUUAAAUCGCAACUUGGACACAAAUACCAGUGCUGGCGAAGCACAAAAUAAUGGAGAAGUUCUUGAUGAUGCUGAGCUAUGUGAGGAGGACGAAGAAAGGACGUUCAAUAAAUUUGAAGACUUGCCAAUUGAACUAAGACUCGACAUUCUGGAAUUUUACCUCGAAGAACCACGCAUUACAACAUUGCAUUUCGUUUCAUCUGAUCUUCUACAGCAUGACCAUAUGUUUGGAAAGCGUUUUCGUCUUACGUGCGGUUCCUUGUCACCAAUCCUAUGCCUCAAUCAUGAAUACCGGAAUAUAUUUCUUGAUAGGUUCACCAAGCCAGGAGUGACAAGAUCGCAUACAACUUUGAGCAUUGAGGAUGCACUAAAGAUAAUUUCUAAUGAGGAACGCAAUACCGCCCUACGUGAUUCCUUCACCGAUGGAUCGCCGAGUGCGUUUCCCAUUUAUUCAACGCGUACGCAAAGAAACAUAAUUUACAACCCUAAAGACAUCAUAUGGAUCCAAGGAGACUUUUGGCUUGACGAAUUACGAAGAUCGGCACUUGCUCGCUCAGCUUUCCAUAACCUGAAAUAUCUCGCGAUUCCAUACAAAACACGACGAAAAUCUCUCUUCGAGCUCGAAGACAUGCUGAACUUCCUCAGUUGCAUCAUCUCAACAUUUGCGAAUCUCAAGGGCAUCAUAAUGGUACUAGAAGUCGAGGACGUGGUACCGGAGAGACCAAUUUACAACGGGGAAAUUCAUUUUUAUGCUCCGGAGAGAAUUCGAAUGGUUUCAAAUGUUCCCCAUGAUGCCUCUGUUGAAUCCAGGAAAACUCUCUCCCAAUAUUGGAGGAAGGCAUUAGGCAAGCCAGGAACAUCGCCAGAAUUAGAACUCCAUACUGAAUACUGGUCAGCAAGACGAUUGGCGUCAGAUGCGUGGCUGAUACUCGACUUUAUCAAAUCGCGGGCUAUUGAAGCUGGAAAUCGAGGUUUAUCUGUUACUCCCUGGACAGAUCCAAGCGAGGUAGCAGGAUGGGAAAUACCGUUUAUUCAAGUAGUCACUGCGAGUCUAAGUACAUCCAAAGGUGAAAAAGAUGUAGUGCCUACGAUCAGAAUAGAGGAGUGGAACGAGGAAUAG